ACCGCCCAUUCCGGUCAGACUUGAGCUAGCAAUAACAGUGAACAGUGCAGUCAGGCAAGACGCUGAAUCCGCGAUAUCCAGGUUUGCUUCACAGCCACCAGCUUGCACCUUCUAUAACACUGCCGCUAUUUCAAGAUGCCCGAAGAAACUGUAAUGGAGACGGAGGGCGUCGAGACGUUCGCCUUCCAGGCUGAGAUCGCCCAGCUGAUGUCCCUCAUCAUCAACACAUUCUACAGCAACAAGGAAAUCUUCCUGCGUGAAUUAAUCUCAAACUCGUCUGAUGCUCUGGACAAGAUCAGAUAUGAAUCCCUUACAGAUCCUAGCAAGCUGGACUCUGGAAAAGAUCUUUUCAUCAAACUCGAGCCUAACAAGAACGACCGGACUUUAACUAUUCGGGACAGUGGCAUUGGUAUGACGAAGGCUGACCUCAUCAACAACCUGGGCACCAUUGCCAAGUCCGGCACCAAGGCCUUCAUGGAGGCCCUCAACGCUGGCGCCGACAUCUCUAUGAUCGGUCAGUUUGGUGUGGGCUUCUACUCCGCCUACCUCAUCGCUGACAAGGUCACCGUCGUCUCUAAGCAUAACGACGAUGAGCAAUACAUCUGGGAGUCUUCUGCUGGAGGCUCGUUCACAGUGAAGGCAGACAGCGGCGAGCCUAUUGGUCGCGGCACCAAGAUUAUCCUGCACCUUAAGGAGGAUCAGACUGAAUACCUCGAGGAGCGUCGUCUCAAGGAAAUAGUCAAGAAGCACUCGCAGUUUAUUGGUUAUCCUAUCCGACUGUUGGUCGAGAAGGAGCGCGACAAGGAAGUGUCUGAUGAUGAGGAGGAAGAAGAGAAGAAAACGGACGAAGAUAAAGAGAAGGACGAUGACGAGGAAAAGCCAGAAGUAGAAGAUGUGGGCGAAGAUGAAGACGCAGAUAAGAAAGACAAGAAGAAAAAGAAGAAAAUCAAGGAAAAAUACACGGAUGAGGAAGAACUCAACAAGACGAAGCCCCUGUGGACUCGCAAUCCCGAUGAUAUAUCUAAGGAAGAAUACGGAGAAUUUUACAAGAGCCUCACCAAUGACUGGGAAGAUCAUCUGGCCGUAAAGCACUUCAGUGUGGAGGGUCAGCUAGAGUUCCGUGCUCUGCUUUUCGUGCCCAAACGAGCUCCGUUUGAUCUAUUCGAAAACAAGAAGCAGAAGAACAAGAUUAAGCUGUACGUGCGACGUGUCUUCAUCAUGGAGAACUGCGAAGAUCUUAUUCCCGAGUAUCUGAACUUCAUCAACGGUGUAGUUGACUCAGAAGACCUGCCUCUUAACAUUUCUCGUGAGAUGCUGCAACAGAACAAGAUCUUGAAGGUAAUUCGAAAGAAUAUUGUAAAGAAAGUUUUGGAACUUCUGGACGAGCUCACCGAAGAUAAGGAAAGCUUCAAGACGUUCUACACGCACUUCUCGAAGAAUCUGAAGCUUGGCAUCCACGAGGACUCGACCAAUCGCAAGAAAUUGGCAGACUUCCUGCGCUAUCAUACGUCUGCCAGCGGUGAUGACAUGUGUAGCUUGAAGGACUACGUGUCCCGAAUGCCUGAAAAACAGAAGCACAUCUAUUACAUCACCGGCGAAAGCAAGGAGAGCGUUGCGAACUCAGCGUUCGUGGAGCGCGUGAAGAAGCGCGGUCUUGAGGUGAUCUACAUGGUGGAUCCCAUCGAUGAGUACUGCGUGCAGCAGCUGAAAGAGUACGACGGCAAGCAGCUGGUGUCGGUGACCAAGGAGGGUCUUGAGCUUCCUGAAGAUGAGGAAGAAAAGAAGGCAUUCGAAGAAAAGAAGAGCAAGCUUGAGAACCUGUGCAAGGUAAUGAAGGACGUACUGGACAAGAAAGUAGAGAAAGUGGUUGUGUCGAACCGUCUGGUGUCAUCACCCUGUUGCAUCGUUACUUCUCAGUACGGUUGGACGGCUAACAUGGAGCGUAUCAUGAAGGCACAAGCCCUGCGAGACACGUCGACAAUGGGCUACAUGGCAGCUAAGAAGCACCUCGAAAUUAAUCCAGACCACAGCAUCGUCGAAGCUCUGCGCGUCAAGGUAGACGCUGACAAAAAUGACAAGUCUGUCAAGGAUCUCGUAAUGCUGCUGUUCGAGACCUCGCUUCUGUCCUCUGGCUUCUCACUUGAGGAUCCCACCGUGCACGCUUCUCGCAUAUACAGGAUGAUAAAGCUCGGCUUGGGAGUCGAGGAUGAAGAAGAAUCAGGAGACGGCGAGGCCCCAAUGAGCGAAGAGAUGCCUCCCUUGGAGGGCGACGAGCCUGAUGAUUCUCGAAUGGAGGAAGUAGAUUAAACUUGGCGAUUUUCGUUACAGUUGUUCAAUUUUGGCAUUGUUCAUAGUUCAUCGGCUCAUUGUCAUUUAUUUUGGCAAUUGUUAAUUGUUCAUUUCAUUUAGUGUUAGUUGAGCAUUGUCCUAUUGCGCGAAGUAGGUUUAAGACUGAAUCUAGUGACUUGGUUAAGGUUCGUCUUAUCUAGUUAUAGUUGAUAGUUCUUCGUUUCGUGGCUGUUAAUACAAUAGCUCGAUGAUAGUCAUGUAUUCCAUUCUUUUUUAGUUGGAAGAAUCUUGUAGUGAAAGGAAAGUUAUUUUAUUUUUUCAUAAAUUGGAAAAACCUU